CGAGAGAGACCUCAAAUCAAAACCACCUCCUUUCCUUCCCUCCCUUCUCUGAGAGAGUCUUUCUACAUCUUCAUCGUCGCUCGAGUCUCUCUCCAUCGCUGUCGCAAUGGAGACAAGUCCGCCGGAGCUGGACCUCGACAAGUUGAGAGCGAUAAGGGUAGUGGGCAGAGGAGCCAUGGGCACCGUCUUCUUAGCUUACGAAAAGGAAGCAGACCCGUCUGCGCACCACCCUUUCGCGCUCAAAGUCGUGGAGAAAUGCAGCUUCCACUGCAAAUUCGACGCUGAUCGACGUGCCCGUUGGGAGGUUUCAGUUCUUUCCCGUCUCAACCACCCUUUCCUUCCAACCCUCCUCGGCAGCCUCGAGACGGACGAGUUCUUAGCCUGGGCUGUCCCUUACUGUCCCGGCGGUGACCUCAAUGUUCUCCGCUACCACCAGACCGACCGCGUGUUCUCACCCACCGUCAUACGCUUCUACGUCGCCGAAAUCGUAUGCGCUCUGGAGCAUCUCCAUGGUAUGAAUAUCGUAUACCGCGACCUCAAGCCCGAGAACGUACUGAUACAGCAAUCCGGCCAUGUCACCCUCACCGACUUCGACCUCUCCCGGACUCUAAACCCCAGAAAGCCGAAGCCAACAAACACGCCAGAUUUCGUGGAGGUGGUGGUUCCUGAUGCUAGGCCCAAGCAUCGACGGAAUUUGACUCGCCUCGUGUCUGUAAUGACAGAGAAAGGGUUGAAGAAAGUAAGGUCAGCCCGUGUUUCUCCGGUGAGCCGCCGGAAACCAAGCUUCUCCAAUGGAGAACGGUCCAACUCGUUCGUGGGCACAGAAGAGUACGUAUCGCCCGAGGUCGUAAGAGGUGACGGGCACGAGUUCGCCGUCGAUUGGUGGGCACUCGGGAUUUUGACGUACGAGAUGAUGUAUGGGAAAACCCCAUUUCGGGGGAAGAACCGAAAGGAAACGUUUCGUAACGUACUGAUGAAAUCCCCUGAGUUCAUCGGCAGACGAACAGCUCUAACGGAUUUGAUCAGACGGUUGCUAGAGAAAGACCCUACUCGACGUUUAGGAUAUAACAGGGGUGCGGUGGAAAUCAAAGAGCAUGCCUUCUUUCGCGGGUUAAGGUGGGACCUGCUAACGGAGGUGUCACGGCCACCGUUUCUGGCGUUAAUGGAGGAGGAGGAGGAGGAGGAGGAGGAGGACUCACGACCGGAGCAAAUGCCGGCGACCACCAUUGACAUUAGGGAUUACUUCCUGAACCUAAGAGCGCCACGGUCAGUGCCUCCGUCGCCAUCGUCGGAGUGCCGGAAAGAAGCGUCGUUGGCCGAGUUCUAACCCCUACAAGUGUAAAAGUUAGUUAUCUUCUCCGGUUUGUACAUAGAACAAGAAAAAGAGCAAACUGAGCAAGUACAACCCCCCCACGGCCACGACUCACGAACGUGAGUAAUUGAUGUUAGGGAGAGUUUGGCUUUGGCUGUGUUAAUGUUGCAUUAAAAAAGCUCUCUUUGUACUUUUUUACUUUUUAGUUUUAAUCCUCCUCCAACUCUUUUAACUCCUA